AUGAUUCCCGCUAUCCAGGCUCUUGGUUAUGCCUGGUUCGGCUGGGGCACGUUCGUGCUUCUAGUUCAGAGCGUUGGUGUGUACAACAUCUUCAAGCGCUACUCAUCAGUCCCGAAGCCGCCGGCCGUGCCGUCUCUACCCAAAGACGACAUCCCGCAUGUCACUGUCAUCCGCCCGGCCAAGGGCCUAGAGCCUUACCUGUACGAAUGUCUGCUCUCCACCUUCCAACAGACGUAUCCCAAGGACAAGUUAACGGUAUACUUCUGUGUGUCGUCCAAGGAUGAUGCCGCGUACGCCGUCAUGAAGAGAGUUGUCGACGAGCACCCGGGAUACGAUGCUAGGAUCUUCGUCGAGGACGAUGACCCCGCGCUGCAUCAAGAUGGGACUACAAUGGAGCACAUGGGCCCGAAUCCCAAGAUCCGCAACCUCAGUCGCGCCUAUAGGGAGGUCAAGGGCGACAUUGUCUGGGUUGCCGACUGCAAUGUGUGGUUGAGCAGGCACACCGCUGGCCACAUGGUCGACCGACUGUGUGGCUUUGGCCCUGAUGGAAAGCGGAGCACGCCGUUUAAGCUUGUCCAUCAACUGCCCAUCGUGGUCGAUACUGUCUCUUCUCUUCCUCAGGAUAGCUCAGAAACACAGGCCCUCCUGUCUGGCUCCAUAGAGGCCUCUACCGACGAUGAUCACAGGGCACAUAUUUCGAUCAUGUCUCAGGGCGGUGGUCGGCUCGAGGAGAUGUUCAUGUGCACCACACAUGCCAAGUUUUACUCGGCCAUCAACACCGUUGGAGUUGCUCCAUGCAUCGUCGGCAAGAGCAACAUGUUCCGCAAGUCGCAUCUGGACAUUGUCACAGACCCGUCGCAGAAUCCGGUGCUGUCAUCGACUUCAAAUGCACUCACCGGCCUGGACUACUUCUCAAACUACAUCUGCGAGGAUCAUCUCAUAGGCGACUUGCUUUGGAAAUCCUCCAUCCCUGGCCAUCGAAACCACGGCCUAAACUGGGGCGGUCUUGUGGUGCAGCCUGUGGCUGGCAUGUCAGUCAAGGCGUAUGCUGGCCGUCGGGUCCGAUGGUUACGCGCUAGAAAAUGGACAGUGCUAUUGGCUACUCUUGUCGAACCUGGCAUAGAGUCCUUUCUCUGCUGCUUCUUCUUAUCCUUCGGUCUGACCACCGUUCCUUGGUUUGACGAGCGUUUUGGCAUACCGCAGACUUGGGGAUCAUUACUGAAGUGCUGGACCGUGGGCGUAGCCGCGUGGAUGUUUCUGGACAGGAUGGUCUCGAAUCGACUACACGCCGGCUACAGCAUAGAUAUCGACGAGAAUACCCCUGCGUUUGCGAAGGGCUCCAAACGAGGCGGCGCGGAGCGAAGACCCUUCGGCCAGUGGCUCCUUGCCUGGGUGGGUCGUGAAGGCCUCGCGAUGCCUAUAUGGACCUGGGCGGUGCUUCUAGGCGCGACUGUGUCUUGGCGGGGGAAAGAGUUCCGCGUAAGAUCGGACAUGAGCGUCGUCGCCGCUGAUCAGACUCGAAAUGGCCGUGGAUCUGCCAACGGUCGAGCAUCAGGCAAGAUAGACUAG